AUGAACUCCAAAAAUGUGUCAAACAAGAGAGAGUUUGAGAAGAUGACAUCUGGAACAAGAAACACAAGAAGUCACAAUGAGCACCGUUCCAAUGAUGAAGCAGGACCAAGCCAAGGACUUCGCCAAGUUCCACAAAGCCGGGUUCUUUUACCUCUUCAACAAAACUCGCAAAAUGCACCAAAAAGAACAAAAAUUGAGAAGAAGCAAAAUGAUCAGGAGCCGACAACAUCGAAUGCUUUGAUUCUUCCAGUGAAUCUUGACGACUCUACGGAUCCCCCAAAGACUGUGGUUGAAUCAGUUUUUGAUGACGGCUCCGAUGACACAAUUGACGAUGUGGUGGAGACAGAUGAGCAAAUCGCCACUCGCUUGAACCAAACUCUGAUUGCCAUAGUGAUCACAAACAACAGAAACAUCGCCAACCAGAGAAAUCCCAGAGUUAAAGUGAUCACUGAAUUUAAAUCUUUUAUUCCACAUGGCUGUAUUGAAGCCAAUAGAGCUCAACGCGCCGGGUCGUGGCGUCGAGACGAGAGACUCUAUCUGCCAGGAAUCCCAGCAAAGAAAUUCUGUGUGGAAGACGUGACCAUUCAUGGGGACUCUGAAAAUUACUGGCAAAUUCAAACACUUUUUAUGGACAAGAAAUGCAACGUGAAGGUGUACUUCGUUGGGUGGUCUUGUCUUGCGAUGGAGUCUCAGAAACGUCUGAAAUUGAGAAGCUCUGCCCCCGCCAUGAUCCAAAAUGUUGAAAUUCGAAACAAAUUUUUGGAAAGCCUCAAAAGAAUGGUGGACUCGGACGAAAUGAAAUAUUGCGUUGAUCGAGAGAAGAAUCUGAAUGAAGUCAUCGAGUCCAAUCCUGACCAUAUCUUUUGGGCGUAUCAGGACUUAUCGUUCUUCCACUCGAAAGUCCAUCUGAAUAAUCGGAUGGGCACUAUUUUCUAUAUGUGCAUGAGGAAGGAGAUGGUGACACCGCCCGUGUAUGCAUACUCCACCGUGAACGUCGUCCACAGCGACGCCUAUCUUCUGUGUGAAAAAUCUCCAAUGAUUCGCAGACUCCUUUCCACUCGAAUGACUUACGCCGAUCCGAACAAUCUCGGCGCAUGUGAGACGCCAGGAACAUGUCGGUGUAACUACAGGUUUAAUGAACUAUUCAAGUCUCACAUGCACGAAGACAUCCUGAUCAUCCCGAAAAAUCGACAAUACGACAAGCAUGGAUUAUUGGAUUUGGAAGGGCACAACAAUUACGAUGAGAGAGUUGUGAUGGAGUGCUCUGAUGCGUGUGGAUGUUCUUGGAGGUGCCCACGCCGACAACUUCAAAGAGGACAGCAGUUGAGUCUCGUUGUCUAUUAUUUGGAUGAGAUCAGAGGUUUUGGCAUGAAGGCGGCAGAACCAAUUAAGAAAGGGCAAUUCAUAUCUGAAUAUGUUGGCGAGAUGCGAGUGCUGAAGGAGGGUGAGAAGAGAAACACUUCCUAUGAUGCCGGAUUUGCUCUUCUCAACCGAAAUCUGGUCAUCACUUCGGAGAACAUCGGAAACGUCUCCCGGUUCUUUUCCCAUGCCUGCACCCCAAACGCCGCAUUCAUGGAGGUAUACUCCCGCCGAUAUGAGACGGACCCCCUCAUUCCAAGAAUCGGUGUCUUCGCCCUCCAGGACAUUGAAGUUGGAGAAGAUGUGACCGUCUCCUAUUGGUCAAAGGAUGCAAUGCCAGAAAAAUCUAAGUUGCAGUGCAAGUAA